AUGGAAUCUAUCAUAAACAGGGCCCGGGAUAUCUUCAACAGGCUUCCCAAACGGCUUCAAGUGUGGGCCUUCUUUGCCCUCACGGUCGCUAAAUCGCCACAGCUCUACGUUGAUCGCGCGUGGGGGGCCUCUCGCAAAUAUUUUUUCUCCGUAAUUUUCAUCUCGCUGCUGCUGUCAAAAUGCUUCCAUAUCUACGUCAACCCCAGGUCGGUGGGGGUUCUUCCCCUCCUCUUCUGGGGGCCCACCUUCUUUGUGGUGGAUAUUCUGCUUAUGCUGGUCGCGUGCCGACUUGCCCGAUCCUUCGAGUCGCGGAUAUGUCGCGACUUAGCGGCAUUGAUUGUUGUGCUAUUCAGCUUGCAAGCAUCAGGAUUCACCUCUGCCAAUAUCGCCUUUUACGCCGUGAGAGGCACAGAGGUCCCUUGGCGCAAAACGAGUAAAUUUCAUCGGGAUAUUCCAUCUGCAAAAUUGGUCUUAUCCGCGUUGGGUAUAUCGUUCCUCCUUGAGGGUUUGACUUUUGCUGGUGCAUACUUUGCUACGCCUUAUCUGUUCAAGGCUACUGGAGCUGUUCUAGAUAUCUGGGCUUCAUUUUUACCCGCCAGAUAUCACGGUUACUUUGGGGAUAAACCUCCAGCGAAUCUUGAGAACUACGAGCAAGUUGCGAUCGAUGAUUUCGACAAUGACGCUGAUUCCGUUUUUCUGCUGGAUGUACCGCAGGAGCCGCCGAGGGAGCGAAAUUGGUCGCGGCUGAGCCGUGCCACUGUCGUAACAUGCAGCGCCAUCAUAGCAUUUUUGACCAUAAUACGCCCACACAAUUUGGUGUACAACUUCCUCACCCAGUCCAUCCCUUUUGCACCGUUUGGCGGUCCUAACUAUAGGCCCGGCGAAGAAAGUGUCGCAUCAUUGCCCGGCAAUUUCAGCUGGUUGGAAGGACACACUGCUUUGGACACAUUUCCAUCAUUUGACUGGUUGCGCGGAUACAACUCGUCGGAUGGAUUUCCGGAUUGGUCUCCGUUCCCGAUGAAUCAGACCUAUACAUCAACGCAUCAGGCCCAGGAGUAUGAGCACUACAACCCGUUGAAUGAUCCUCUGCAUAUACCAAACCUCCAGAACGAUCUGCUAGAACCUAUACGUGAGGCGCUUCACAACGGAAGUGUCAAGAUCAAGCAUAUCAUUCUCGUCAAGUUGGAAAGCACCCGGCAAGAUGUGUGGCCCUUCCGCUCUAGUUCAUACAUAAUGAACCACAUCAAAGACUCUUACGGCGGGGAAAUCCCGGAGAAGAUUGAAGAAAGAUUGUCAAAGCUUACGCCCACUGCUCAACGGUUGACCGGGCAAGAGACCGGUUUUGAGAAUAUCACCGAUCGCCCAAAGCCCUAUGGUGGUAUUAGUGCCACCAACGCUUACACAUCGGGUACCUAUACCAUGAAAAGUAUCACUGGUACCGUUUGUGGUGUGAGUGCUAUGGCAGUCGAGGGUAAUCUCGAGUACUAUCACGAUUUCUACCAGCCCUGCUUGCCACACAUCUUCAAUGCGUUAAGUCAUCAACCAAAUAUCAGCAGUGAUUCUGAUGACUGGACUUUGCUUCCAUGGCAUACUCAGUGGAUGCAGUCGCACUAUGGUACUUGGGACAAACAAGAGCUCCUUACUCCGGCUUUGGGGUACCAGGAUGUCAUGGAUAAGGAAUCCAUCAAUGAUGCCGGUGGCAAAUACAUUCCCGAAGAAAACGAGAAGGAAACUCAUUAUGGUCAUGAAGACAAGGUUCUGAAGAAUUAUAUGCGGGAUCUAAUUUCCGAGGUCAAGAGAAACAACACUCGUCUGUUCCUCACGCAUUUAACUCACGAGACGCACACUCCCUGGUUCAAACCUGGUGAAUACGAAGAGAUUCUUGGAGGCUCAUGGAUUGGACGGAAAAAGCAGAUCAAUAACUACCUUAACACGGUGGUCUAUCAGGACGAGUGGAUCGCCGAUAUCCUUGACAUCCUCGAAGAGGCCGGAAUCGCCGACGAGACUCUCCUCGUCAUGGCUGGUGACCACGGUAUUUCACUUCCAAAUGAUGGCGGUGUAACAGCUAAUCACGAUGCUCACGUUGGAAACUUCCACGUCCCCCUCUUCUUUUCCCACCCAAAAAUCCCUCAAAUAGAGGUCAAUGGUCCAGUCGUAUCUACCCAAAUCCUCCCCACCAUCCUCGACCUUCUAAUCGAAUCAUCUUCUCUCACUGGCGAGUCCCUGCAGAUCGUCAAAGAUCUUCUCCCUCUAUACGAAGGCCAGUCUAUGCUCCGCCCACUCAUCCCAGAGCAAGAUGGCAAAAGAGAAUGGCAUUUCUCCACCAUGAACCCGGGUGGCACAUGGUUCUCAAUGCGAGAUGCCGUACACCCUUACCGAUUGGUCGUUCCUCUGAUCCCUGAUGCACCAUGGCGAUUCACGGAUAUCAUCGCUGACCCGUUUGAGCUUCAUUUUGACGAAGAACUUGACUUUUUGAGUUUGCUGCGGGAUGUGGAGGCGAGGCAUGGGGUCAAUGCUUCGGCUUGGCUCAAUGAGGCAGCCCAUGUGGCGUAUUGGUGGAUUCCCGAAAACCAUCGCCGUUGGAAAUAUGAGGCCGAAGAGUCGAAUAGUUCUUGA